AUGGCUCGUUGUCAAGGGUCAACGUUAUGUUUCACGUUUUUCCACAUCGAAGAACCGUCACCGUUAGAGACCCUUGGUAUCCUCUCUUUUGACGCCGUUAAAACAAUGUGUCGCCUCAUCUCCCUUUACAAAUCAUUAACCGACGUCGAAAUCCACAAACUCCGUCGCCACGUCAUCAAAUCCAAAGGUGUUUCCCACCUUAAUUCCCUCGACGAAUGUUUUCUCCUAAACCUCGCUUGCGCCGAACGCCUCGAGGAUCUCAACUUAGCCGCCGCCGCCGUUUCGCGUCUCGGCUCGCGCUGCUCCAACAAGACUCUCACCCAUUUCGAUGCGGUUUACGCCGACAUAAAAAACGGAGCCGUGGAUUUGAAGAAAGUCGAAUUCGGCACGAAGAAUGUGGAAAAGGUGAUCGAUAAAAUGGAGAAACUUGUUUCUGCAACAAGGAAUCUUCUCAAUUCAAUGGAAUCUUUGUCGGAAAUGGAGGUUUCGGAGAAGAAGAUGCAAAGAUGGAGAACAAUGAGAGUUAAUAAUGGUCUUAAGGUGAAAGUUGAAUGUUUCAAUGACAGGAUCAUUUAUCAUAGAAGACAAGUUCAAUAUUAUAAACAAAUUUCGCUUUGGAAUUUAACGUUUGAUAAAGUUACUGGGUUAAUGGCUCAGAUUAUUUGCAUUGUUUAUGCUAGAAUCUCUUUUGUUUUUGGAUCUUUGAUAACGGGUUGCAACAGCAGCAGAUUCUACAACAAUAAUAGUAACAAUAACAAUGGUGUUAAUAAGGUUAAAGGUGUUUUUCGAAUGAAGUUAGAUAAUCGUUGUUGUAGAAUUGAACACAUGGAAUUGUAUAAGAUAAACCUUUGUAUAUAUGAUAAAGAGGAGGAAACAUUGCAGAAAAAAACGAAGAAAUAUGUUGGUUGUGUUUUGAAGAGCAACAAACUGGGUGUGAUUCAUUUUCAUAGUCAUUCUCCGGUGGCGAAGGAGAGUUCUAUCGGCGUUGGUAAUGUAGCGGCGAAGAAUAAUAUUGUUUACAGGUUAGCGCCGGCGUCAACUGUGGGUGGAGUAGGGCUUUCACAAAGGUAUGCAAAUGUGAUUCUUUUCACGGAGAGGAUUGUGCAUGCUGCGGCUCCGAUUGGAGAAGAUGCGCGGAAGUUGUUGUAUGAGAUGUUGCCAGAGGGAUUGCAGAUGAAGUUGAGAGGGAAAUUGAGGGCAAAGUGGUUGAAAUGGGAGGAGGGUGUGGAGAGUUUGGUGGGAGAAGAGGAGGGGAAGUCGAAGGCGAUGGAACGGUGGCGAGAUGCGGCGGAGGAGGUGAUGGAAUGGUUGGCGCCGUUGGCGCAUGAUACAUUGAAGUGGCAGGCGGAGAGGAAUUUGGAGAAGCUAAAGUUUGAGACUAAACCAACAGUGUUGUUGUUGCAAACUUUGCAUUAUUCGAAUUUGGAGAAAGUUGAUGAAGCUAUUGUGGAUGUUUUGGUGGGGUUGAGUUGUAUAUAUUGGUGCCAAAAAGAAUGGUAG